UUACAGUAUUUAAUAAAAACAGAAACAGCAUGCCUAUCAUAGGCUAAUAAAUCCUACCUCCUGCACGCUUUAAAAACAGUGUGAAGCAGCUUUCACGGAGCUUCUGAUAACUAAUUUCAAGCAUGGCUGUCUAGCGUGCCUGUCACUCCUAUUGUCCUCCCAAACUCUUUCAGACAUUUUGAGCAGAGAGUAUUAAAGCUAUGAGUUAGCAAGGGUUGUGACAUUAAUGGUCCAGAAAGGCUUUAGGCACGCGAGGCAAUGAUGAUUACCGGUGGCUCUUUGGAGGACUGCACUGGAUCGCUGUCAUUAAAAAUUAAGCGUGGCUUUUGAGGAAGAUGUGACAACUACCGGAGAGCCAAUCUGCAUCACUUAAGUUCAAACUAUUACAUUAGCCAACCUUUUCACUAGACUAGAGAACUUCUUUUUAAUUGUCCAUAUCAUGGCCACCAUGCAUCAAAGGUCUUUCCACCACUCCUCCAGGACUUCCACCAUAAGGAAAGGAGCCCCUGGACCAACAUCCUCUAAGAUGUUUAUAUGGACCAGUGGCCGGACCUCUUCAUCUUACAGACAUGAUGAGAAAAGAAAUAUUUACCAAAAAAUCAGGGACCAUGACCUCCUGGACAAAAGGAAAACUGUCACAGCACUGAAGGCAGGAGAGGACCGGGCCAUUCUCCUGGGACUGGCCAUGAUGGUCUGCUCCAUCAUGAUGUACUUUCUGCUGGGAAUCACACUCCUGCGCUCAUACAUGCAGAGCGUGUGGACUGAGGAGUCUCAAUGCACCUUGGUGAAUGCGUCCAUCACAGAAACAUUUAAUUGCUCCUUCAGCUGUGGUCCGGACUGCUGGAAACUCUCUCAGUACCCCUGCCUCCAGGUAUACGUUAACCUGACUUCUUCUGGUGAAAAGCUCCUUCUCUACCACACCGAAGAGACCAUGAAAAUCAAUCAGAAGUGCUCCUAUAUACCUAAGUGUGGAAAAAGUUUUGAAGAAUCCAUGUCCCUGGUGAAUGUCGUCAUGGAAAACUUCAGGAAGUAUCAACACUUCUCCUGCUAUUCUGACCCAGAAGGAAACCAGAAGAGUGUCAUCCUAACCAAACUCUACAGUUCCAACGUGCUGUUCCAUUCACUGUUCUGGCCAACUUGUAUGAUGGCUGGGGGCGUGGUGAUCGUUGCCAUGGUGAAACUCACACAGUACCUCUCCCUGCUCUGUGAGAGGAUCCAACGGAUCAAUAGAUAAAAGCAAAAUGGAUGAGAUCAUUUUCUUUAAAGCUCAAAUACUGUUUUCUUUCAUUCUUCACCAAAGAACCUUAAGUUUGUAAUGUGCAGUCUGUUAUGAGUUCCUCAGUAUAUUCUUAUACAUAGAGCAAUAAUGCAAAAGCUGUCCUAUAUGCAAACAUGAUGUCUUUAUUAUUCAGGAGAAGAAAUAACUGUUUUGUGUUGGUUGGUUGUUUUCAUAAGCUUGUUUUGAUGCUGGAACUAGUACUUCCUUGUCUCGUUCCACCAAAAUCGGGCUCAGUUAUUCAUUUGCCAAGCUUUGUGGAGGAAUGUAGACAAUAUCAAAGUGAUAUAGUCUGUGUUCUCAAUUGUCUGAUCUCUUGAAGACAUUUCUGCAAUAUUUUUCAUCAUUCAUUGUUUACUAAAGCUGCAGCCAAAAAUAUUCUUUCUUUUCUUACUCAAAACUGAGCCCUGUAAGCAAGUAAAGGGACCAGAUUUCCUAACUAAAGGAUGUCAAGCAUUUUCCUUAUAUUUCUACCAUAUCACUGUAAAGAAGGGGGGAAAUCCAGACAGUUAUUUCUCUUUUAUUAUUUUCUAUUCAUAACUUCAGAUUUUUUAACUGAUUUCCAAAAAAUAAGCUGUUUUCAUUAUUCAAUUCUAUAAUCUCUUCCUGUGAUUUAAAUAGAAAAUGAACAGAACCCUUUUCCAUUUAAGACCCUGCUACUGUGUGAGGAGAUAACACUUAACAAAGAGUUUCAUUACCUGUGAAUUGACUGAACGUUGAGUAAAUUUACCAUUGUCAACCAGGAAAGUCUAUGUCACUAAGAUAUUUAUGUGAAAAUCUUUAUUCUAUUUCAAUUGAACUGUUAGAUGGUAAAAUUAAGAUCCUACUUGCUGGUCAAGACUGGUGGACUGAUUUCAAUGGAUAAAUCUAUUGUGGCAAAUUAAUAUAUUGGAAUGUUACUCUUUGGGAACUUAUUUUUAAAUUAAUGAGUGUGUGUAGUCUCUCUUUCUGACAAGUGUUCCCCAUUGGGAUUUUAAAUCUGUGUGCACAGAAUAUUUGUCUCCUCUACAUGUUUUAUUUUUCUAUUUACAAUUCUCUUUUUUGUUGCUAGAUUUUAUACCCAGAGUAGACCUUUUUCCUAACACACACUUAAAAUGAAUAACAGAUCUAAAGGAAGACUUUGUUCACAUUGCCCUUUACUUAUUGUGUUGGAUGCGGGGGUGGGGAGGUGGGUGCAGAAUGAGGGAUUGGUUUUAAACAAAAACAUUCCAUCUUUUAUUUAACAUCAAUAUCAAAAGGAGAAGACAAACAUCUAUCUUUCUCAUCUAUAUUUAAGUACCCUUUUAUAACAUAGUAUCAAAGUUUUCUAGAUAUUGGGAAAUUUUGCAAAACGUAUUUGUGGAAUGCAUGGUGAUACUAAUCUGAUGAAGUGGAAAGUUUCCUGCAAUAGUGUAAUUCAUAGUUUGAGUUUCCAUAAGCACUUAAAUCCUUAGGGUGCAAUUGGGGCUUCAAAUGUGUAAUUAAAAUUUUAAAAAACAAAAUCCAUUACAUCAGCAAGAUUUGAAUACGUCUUGCAUUCUAAGCUGACAAGCCCACAGUAGUCCAAAAAUGUAGGAUUCACUAUCAUUAAAGGUAUUUAAAGAGAUUAUAAAGAAAGUUCCUUUAACACACAAACAUACACAACUUUCAAACAAUAUUAGGAAUAUUGCUUGAAAAUAUGAUGGAAAACUCGAUUCCUACCCUACCUGAAAAACAUAAUUCUGAAGAUGAUAAGAAAAUCUUUGUGACUAUGGAGCUGAAAAUUUAUAAUCUUUAAUGUUCCUUGAGCUUCCCUUCAAAUAAUCCAAGGAUGAAUUAUUUUUUUUUGGACUUGUAAUUAAAAAUUCCCAAUUGAUGUUUCAGAUAAGAUCUAAGAAAUCUUAAAAUAAUUACACCAAAAAAACAUUAACAUUAAUUCAGUGUCUUUCUGAAUUCCCAUAAAAAACAGCCCUUUAAGUAAUUUAAAUGUACACACAAUUAAAUGCUCAUUAUUAAAGACAAAUAAACUGCGAUUAAUAAUAAUGUUUUAAAUACAUUGCAUAUGUUAAAUAAUUUAAUCUUUAUUAUAACCCUAUUGGAGGAAGCACUAUUAUUUUCCCAUUCUAUAGAGGAGAAUGUUGAAGCCUAGAGAUGUUAAGUAACUUCCCCAAGGUUACACAGAAACUAAGAUGGCAGAGAGCUGAGAAAAUACCCAAUUUGUAGCUGCUCCAUUAUAGUAACCAUUUCCAUGGCUUUGGGGUAUUUUAGAUAAGACCGAGGAAGGCUAAGGUUUAGAAAGAAUUAUAGGGGUGAGGGGUAAAGAAGAAAGACCACUGAACUAGAAGUCAAAGAUGUCAUUCAAGACAUGGCGACUAGGUGACUUCUGCUUCUUGAUUAGUCUCUAGAUUUCUUUGACUGUAGGAUUAGAAUGUGAGGCCAGCUGACCACUGAGUUCCCUUUUAACACUAGCAUUUCAUCCUAGGUGUGUGGAAGGAAGAAUGAAUACCAUUCCCCAACCUGCAUAGCACAGAUCUGAUCCUCAAAUAGAAUCUACUAGUAUUAAUCCAUGGAUUAAAAAGCAGCCUCCCUGCUAAUAUUCCCCAAAAGCCACAUGCCCCUUCUUUAGGGCCCAAACUUUAUUUACACCUGUCAGAAGCAGAACUCUGAGCCUUCACAUUACUCAACAAAGAUGAUAUCCCCCACAGAGUAUCUGUGCUUCCAAAUCACUUUCAUUAUCCAAUUGGCAUAUCCCAUCUAAAACUUUAUGGAUUUCAAAUUCCCUGAGUUACAAUUAUAUUAAAACCCGGAAAAUGGUAAAUACACCAAUGAUUGCUUGCAAAUAGCCAUAAUAAAAAAUAUGAUUCUAUAGAAAGCUGACUGAUCGUAAUGACGAUGUAGGCAACCAUAAAAUACCUCUUAUGUAGGCCAUGUGACAUUUAGGGUUCCAGCAUGUUACUCUUCUCAUUGCUGUAAAUGACCAAGAGAGUGAUCAUGCUUGGCAUUUAUAUAACAAAUGUUAUUUUCAAUAUGUCAAACCAUAAACAUCUUAUCACAUUUCAGUGGGCGAAACAUCUUGACACUAUAAUCAUUCCAUUGACAUUAACAGAGACAUCUGUAGGACAACAAAAUAAUAUGAGCAAUUGAUUCCAGUGAGUUAAAACAAUAAUUUUAAUACAGUGAUCUGUCAUUCACAGGCAUAAUUAAAUUUCCUCCCCUGCCUUGCCAAAAUCCUGAAAUGAACACUGUUCAAGCAAGUAAGGGAAUUUUUGUCCUGGUGGGGAAGAGGAGGUGAUUACAGGUUGGAUAUUGUUCCUUCUCUUCCCAACUUCUACUUCUUUCCCUUUCCCUUUGUAAAACAUUCAGUAAGAAUGAUCUCAGAGUUCUGCAGGAACCAUUCCAAUGUAUGUACCACUUGGGAAGUUUGACUCAGGAAAAAAGCUUCAGGAGUCUUCUGAAAAACCUGUCAGGGUGACGUGCACAACAGAACUGAGCACACAACUUUUAAGCUGCAUCUGUUCCACCCUUCCAUAUUUGCAGCAACUGUAAGGAAUAAUACAAAGUAUAUGACACUACUUCUCUCCUAAGAAUGAGUUUGUAGUCCACUAGACAGGUCAAGACAACACACAUGAAGAAAAAAAUAGAGAACAAUUAGGUCUCUAAUCCACACCAGUGAGCAUAAUA